AUGAGCAACUCCGGCCCUUCCGCCUCUCCGUUAAUGACCCGCUAUGUGGUUCAGAGCUCCGAUGUGCUAGACCAUUUGGUUAUCGAUGUAAAGGAGGAGGGUUCGGACAAGGUCUUAUGGUUCAAGGAGCGGUUUUUGGACGACGAAGAGAUCGUCGAGCGACUUGUUCACAAAGAGUCGGGGCUCAUCCGAUGGACUAUGCAUCGUCCAAGAAGUGGCUGGUAUAUUCGUAUCCGUUCUCCAACCUUUCCUCCUGGUGUCUACAUUCCCUUAACACCAGCACCACCAGCUGGUGCGCAUCCGCCUGGGUCCUUACUUUUUUCCUCUCGCACCAAUGCCUUUAUCCCCAACACGCCUUCCUUGAUGCAUUCAUAUCCACCCCCACCGACUUCCCCACCUGGACAAGAAAACGGGCGAAUCCUCAUAGAAACAAUAACCCAAUUUGUGCUGACACCCCAUCAACUCGAUGGCAACAAGUCGGAGGAGCUUAGCUUUUUCCACAAGGCGCUCAAUACUAUUCGCAAAAAUAGCGCGGGUCCUGACUACUCUUUCACCCUCCGGCGCAUCGCACCUAUUUCUACGACAUCACAAGCUCCGCCGCCUACAACGACUGUGACGUCGGAGGCACCGUCUCCGCUGGUGACAUUCACUGACCGGACUCCUACUAUGACUGUGCAUGCAAUCACUGGGCUCCUCAUUGUAUCGCAAUUUGAGGAACAAAUGCUUGGGAUCGAGUCGAGCUUCUGGAUCGCCGUUGCUUUAACAUACCUUGAAUUCCUACAAGAGAAGGAGAGCUACCUAGCCGCCCUCAGUGACUGA